AUACUUUCUCCAAAUAUUCAUCAUAAUUCAUCAUUCUUGCUCCUAUUCUUCAUUUUCUUUCCAAAUUUCUGCAAUUUUCUCUUUGCCUUGCUCUGCCCCCUACUCUUUGUUGAUAUGGCAGGAGGUCAAAGAAAAAGAUCCCGCACCGGCAAGAACGUGGCUUCUUCUUCGGCUCCUCCAUCACCGGCGCACAAGUACCUCGACGGGUCAUUCCUUUGGUUCAACGACCACGCAGAGGCGACGCGGUUCUCGGAGAAAUUUGAGCAUCGGGAAAUUCUCCCUCCCCGAUUCUCCACCGCCCGCUUCAUUCAUGACUCCAUUCCACGUGAGGCACGGGUUAUCCUCGAACGUGGAAACUUCCUCGACCUCCUCUACAUCAAGAAGGUCAAUUAUCACCCCUUUCUUGUUCGAGCUUUCUACUCGAACUUGAAAAAGGAUGAGGACGGAGCGUUGAUCUCUAACGUCAACGGAGUGGACAUCUAUUUGAAUGAGGAAAGCAUUCAAAUUCUCACAGGGCUUCGUCGGGACGGACAGGAUCUCGGGCUCUACGUCGGAGAAGAAGGAGCGCGGUUCAAUGAGACCAUUCUCUUGGAGGAAGUGGGCAUCCGACACUUCGUACCCACUCCCCAACAGCGGCGCCCUACGAUUGCUUCCAUGAGUCCCGUGUUUCGAUUCAUUUUUUAUGUUUUGACACGGAUUCUCAAGCCUAGGAAGUUCAAUCACACCACUCUCUCCCAGGAGGACACGAAGACAAUUCAUGCGAUGAUUCACAACGCCAAUCUCAAUUGGUGUAAAUUUGUGAUGACUCACAUGUUCACGGCCACCUCCGACAAUCGGCCGCUCCCCUACGCCCUCCUUGUCAUGGCGAUUCUUGAAGAAUACAACAUCAAAACCGAUGUUGGGCCAAAGAUAAAGGGGACAAAGCAUUGGGAGAUUGAUGAAUCCUCUUUCCACUCGGGCACCGACGAGACUCCGUUUCGACAACAUCGUCCACGCCGCCAACCGAGAGCCACUGCCUCAGCCGCCACCACUUCGACCAAUCCUUCUCUCGCCGAGCAAAUGGCAGCCUUAACCGCCACUCUCUCUCGGAUUGACACCAAUGUCUCCAAAACGGCACACAACGUCAAUACCUUGAGCCGUGAACUUCACGGGUAUUUUGACUUUGUCAAUUACCCGUACGCUCAAAUGGUCCCUUACGUUCCUCCACCGAAUUUCGGAGGUGAACAAAGUGGGACUCAAAACGUUGGUAGAGAUGACGAGGUGGACGAUGAGGAAGAGGAAGAAGAAGAGGAAGAAGAUGAUGAUGAUGAUGAUGAUGAUGGCGAUGGUGAUGAAGAUGAAGAAGAAGAAGAAGACAUUGACGAAGAACAACUUCUCAAUGAUCUUUCCCCUGAUUUCUAGAGCUCUAGCUCUACUUUCUUCUCUUCCUUAUUUUAUCAUCUUUUAAUAUGCUUUCGUUAUGUACUCCGCUAUUUCCCUUAAUUAAUUAAUAAAAAAUCUUUAUGAUCUUUGUUGUUAACAAUCUUUUUGUUAAUGUCAAAAGGGGAAGAUAAGGGCUAUGCAUAUAUUAAGGGGAUUUUUUUUUUCAAAAAGAUCGAAACCCAAUGCAUAUCCCCGUCUUGUUUGCCAUUAUCAAAAAGGGGGAAAUUGUUGGAACACACUUUGUACGAUAAACUAAAGUCGUGUUCAUUUC